UCACAAUUAAACCUAUGAUGCAACAGCUCUGCAAACAAUUUGACAUCGGACAGCAUCCCAAUCAAUUUUCUGUAUAGAAGUCGUCAAAUGCAUCACAUUAUUUAUUUAUGAUUUUCCUUCAUCUCGUGAUGUUGCUGAAAAACCCCAAAUGUAGCCUGUAAUAGACCUGCAUUGUCCGAAUUACUGUCAUUAACGCAUCGAUUUUUUCAAAAAAUGUUUGGGUGGGGGGGCUCAUGCCGGGCUGAUGAGCACUGUGCUAAAUUUACUGGUCCAUAGGGAGGAUCUUAAGUUGUUAUUGCAGCAGGGAUUCCCCCUCACACUCCCUCCACCCUCCACCCAUGGCUGCAAGAGUCACAGCUGGAAUACCAGAACAUCAUGUCAGAGCAGAUGAGACAUGAACCACCAGUAAACAUGUUAAUGGUCUUCAGUCUGCCUUUAGUGGCUUCAUUAUCAGUCUUACAUCAGGUCUCCCUGCCUUGUCUGAGAGUCCCUCUGAUCUGCAGGAGCACCUCCUUUACAACAUUUCUCGCUGACAUCAUUAAGGCACAACUCCUCUCUGAUUCAGUGUGUGUGUGUGUGUUGCUGAAUCACCUGUCUUGACAUCUUGAACACGCAUAGUGUCAUUCAUAACAACGAUGUCCUCAGCCUCAUGCUUGUGCAAAGAAGCAUGUUAUGCAUUCUUUAAUCCCCCCCUCAGCACAGAGGACUAGUGGAUGUCUCAGUGUUUGGCAUAAGCACAGAACACUGAAUUGGCUGCUGAUUUCACAGCAUUCUAACGCUUUGCAUCUGAAGUAAUCCAUAUCUCAGGCAACUUAAGGAAAAAAAGGAUUUAAAUCAAUUGAUCAAUUUGCAUUAUUUGCAUAUUCUUGUCUCUAUAACUUUUAUUAUUUUCUAAAUGUUUGUAGGAUUAAAACACACAUACACAUGUCAUGGUGCAAGAAAGUAGUCCGAAGAGGUUGUGAUGACUUCCAAAUAAAAAUGAUUUGGUUUGAUCAGCUAAAUGUUACACGGCAGGUCGCUGUACUUUGUGCAGUGCAGUAAAGUAGUGCUUGAAUAAACACGGUUGGCAACCAGUCAACUUGUGACACCACAGCAAGAAGAGGUAAUUUGCCAAAAUGUCAGUGCAGCUGCUGAAAAAAAGCUGUUUUCAAAUCAUAUUUAAUACAAAAGUGAAUUAUGAAGACAAAAUCAAUACUUCUGCUCUGCUGCAGUAGUUUUGGGAGUCAAAACUUACCCAGAUCUUGCUGACUAAGACUUGUCAGUGAUGCUUAAUGCUACCUCCUAUUGUUUGAGAGUUCACAACAGUUUUACUAAUGUGAAAAUAUGAAAAUACUUCAUUAUUCAUAAUUUAUGACUCAACCAGCUGCUAGAAUAUGAAUGAGGAAUCUUCCCGCAGUUUCAUAUGGACGCUGCAGAAAUGGAAUUAACUAACCAUAUGCUAGCUGUUAAAACUGUGUUGCAUAUUCACUCACUUUAAGGCAUUCUGGAUAACCUCAGAAUAAUCACUGCUGCUGGGUAACCAAUGAUGUUAAGCUUAUUAGUGCAUAUGUCAGCUCAAAAUAUUUUAUUUUCAGAAAAGCUGCGAUGGCAGGCUGUUAUUUAAGCUUCUAUAUUAAGAAGUAACAAGAGCUGAGGAUAGAGAAAGGAUUGUAAAUGUGUGUGUUGUGGUUGAUACAGUAUUGUAAAUUGUUGAAGGGAGUCAAAGCUGUAGGGUUUGUGAUGCGAAUGUACGGCUCCUCAUUUCAGCAGCUGCUUUGAAGGAGGAGGAAAUCACAGGGGGGCCACAGCGGAUCAACACACAGAUUUUUUAGAGACUCCGCUGUUUAUGUAACCAUGGCUCCAAAACCUCUGUUCCCAUCACUAAUAACCAACUGUCAAAGAGUUACAUUUUUUAGCGUCAAUCUUCAGUGGUCUCUCUGUUUUCUUCUUUUAUUCGUGUCCAGUUAACAUCCACAGUGGCACAGAGUAUUAGUGUGCCACAACACAAGAAACAACAAGAUUGAGGAAAUGUUGCGACAUAGUCAGCUGCAAAACCAAAUUCAGCAGUCUAAUCUGGUGGUGUGUUUUUUUUUCUGAUUUGAACAUGGAAUUGUAUUUUUUUUCUACAUUCGUAACAUCUCUUCUGGAACUAUCAAGUCAGAUGCAGCCAGGCUUUGCGCUUUGAGGGAAAGGUGGAACCGCCACCAAUCAAUUUUGACAUCAGACUUAGUGGUGGAAUUUUGAGCACAUCCCAGAGUCGUCCUGUGUUCCCUUAAUGCCUUUGUUUUGUGACCAAAGAUUCACUGUCUUCAUCCGCAGUAUUUAUCUCUUCUUAUAUGUGCUCUUGUGAUGAAUCCACCCAACCAACGGCCCAUGGUUGACACCUAUUGACUUCUCUUUAAAUAUGUCUUUGGGGAAUAUCUGUGUUGUGUCGUCAUAGGCAGGGAAAUUCAUAAAAAUCCCUUUAAUCUCUUUAAUUUCAUUACACGCUUGGAAACAGAACAGGCGUCUUUGAAAACUGAUUCAGAGUACAUACGUCCCCGAGGAAGCUAGUCAUAUUCUACCAGCUUCAGUUAUGAGCGAGCUGAACUUCUCUCCAGGGCCCCAUGCAACUUGACCACACAUCAAUCGACUGAUAGCAAAUUAUGACGGUUCACACUCAGAAGUAGAGGAUGAAAUGUGCAGAUAAUGAACUCAUUUAGCAUCAAAUUGGAUCUUCAGUGUUUCCCAGUGAGAUGGAUUAUCAUGCUAUUCUGGACAGUCAAGCAGUUUGCUUUAUUUUGUGUGCUUAAAGAUUUUAAAGAUGUGUCGAGAAAUGUAGCAAUGUUAAGUAUGAGACUCGUUGCUUUGUGUGGAUAUUGCUUGAAGUGAUGGAUGUAAAGUCAGUCGAUUUGUCCCGUCUGCCCCGCUGUUAGUGCACAGUGCAUGAUUCAUAGUCAUCUUAUUAAUAAAAUAUGUGCAUUUAGCAAAAGAGCAGCAGCAGCAUUCACCACUGGGCGAGGGAGAUUACCACUUUAAGACAUGAAUGAUUUUGUCAAUUUGGGGGGGGGGGGAGAGCACGAAAACAAAAAUAACACAAAAAUAACAUGACAUGUUUCCUUCAAGCGUACUCACAAGGGACAUAAAUAGAAACUUGCAUCUCAAUCUCGUUUGCCUGCGUCCUAUUUGUAUGUAAAUGUACAUUCAGGCCUGUGUGAACAGCAAAACCCCCAGUAUGGAGAUGAAAACAAAGGUCAAACAGACGUACAUACGUGUUUAACCUGCAUCAGUGGUGUUAAAAGAUCCCCAGAAGCAGCUGUGAAUUUAUGAAGAUUUCCUGUUGAAGCUCCUUAAAAUGUGACGUCUCACUUUAAUCCUCUGGCUGUAAUUGGAGUUGACUUUGUGGGUAGUCGGAGGAGUAACGAUUUUAACAUCAUUUUAAAAGCAAGUGAAACGGGGCUUUCUUGCUUGAUAAGUGUGCAAUGAAUACACUGUGACAGGGCUUUUAUUUUGUUGUGAGGCCAAGCUUUUGCUCUGGUUUAUGUAAUGUAGAGUGUGUGUGCAGAGAAAGCCACCAGUUUCAUUGUAAUGAAUGAGAUUUAGCUGAGCAGAUGGAUUGAUGUUAUGCGCUAAAUCAAUUCAUCGUAUAAGUUCAUUUGAGGUUUGCCGCCACGACUUCCUUGCCGCAUACAACUCAUUUGUAUUUCAUACAAGAAAGUGCCUUCUGCAACAGUGUCGUAGUGUUUCAUCUUUGAGCAACAUCCUCUGGCAAAAUGUGUAAAGAGGAAGCUCUAAACUCUAAUCCUGAAUUGAGGGAGUUGAUCCGAAAGAUUUCUUUAGGAUGCAGGACAGCUGCCUAUCCUCUCUAAAUAUGUAAUGCAGCCAGUAGACCAGAUGGUACACUUCUGGUGGAUCUAUAGGGCUAAUUAUCACAAACCUGAAAUAACAAAAUAUUUACACCAUCCCUACAGAAGUUUCUUGUAAUUGUGACCAGUGUGAGUCAGUAAAAAUGCAUGCCGUGUGUUUCCUUAAUCUUUAAAAAUCUUAACCUUAGUUGGCAGUUCACUCCAUCUAAAUCUUGUUGGACAAACUUAUUCUUCUGAUGCCGUUAAAAAAACGUAUCAGUCAACUGUAACGGUCAUUUACAGCAGCGAUGUAAUGGGAAGGUUGAACUGUAUCUGGAAAUAGUGAAGUCCAAAGUCAGCAUCAUGUACGUCUGAUGGAGUUCAUGUGUUAUCAGUGGCCUCGGGGUGCAGGAAGGGAGUAAAACCGCUGUUUGUGCAGACACUCAGAGUGUACACCUGCGGUGGUUGUCUAUCCAUUACUUCAACAGGGACGCUGUGGCCAAAUCUUUUAAAUAUUGAUUUGUGUCGGAAAGUGCCGGGACUCUUGCCAGUCUGUUAAACUGCAGGUUCAUCACGCUACAGUCACUAUUGUAACGGACUGCAAGAUGGAGGGAGGGAGGAACGCUUCAGGACUGUGGGACGUACUCUUGGGCAGUGUACCCGCUACCAAAAGAGAAGACCGCCCCAAGGAGAAUGUGGUGGGCCCCACAGAAGCUCAGUCGGCUGGCGGUACGGCCGGAGUGGAGUCCGGCUCCAGCAAGCGGAAGCUCCACUUCUGCAUCAGAGUGACGACCGUACAGGUGCGGAAGGCCCUGUGGGGGGUGGCCAUGGUGAUAUGCGUGUGCUCCUCCUGGGCCGGGUCCACCCAGCUGGCCAAGCUCACCUUUAAGCAGUUCGACGCCCCCUUCACCCUCACCUGGUUCGCCACCUCCUGGAACUGCCUCUUCUUCCCGCUCUACUACAUCGGCCAUCUGUGCAAGAGUCCAGAGAGGCAGACGGCCAGACAGAGGUUCAGGGAGUGCUGUAGGUUUUUCGGGGACGACGGGCUCACACCCAAGGUGUUUUUCACCAAGGUAGCUCCCUUUGGCCUGCUGUGGAUCCUCACCAACUACCUGUACCUGCAGGCCCUCAGGAAGAUCAACACAACAGACGUGUCGGCGCUCUUCUGUUGUAACAAGGCCUUCGUCUUCCUGCUGUCCUGGAUUGUACUUAGAGACCGCUUCAUGGGGGUCAGGAUAGUAGCUGCUAUCUUGGCCAUAGCAGGAAUUGUAAUGAUGACCUAUGCUGAUGGAUUUCACAGCCAUUCAGUCAUCGGCAUUACUUUGGUCGUGGCCUCUGCUUCGAUGUCAGCGCUCUACAAGGUGCUCUUCAAGAUGGUCCUGGGCAGUGCCAAAUUUGGAGAGGCUGCGCUCUUUCUGAGCAUUGUUGGAAGCGCCAACUUUGUUUUCAUCAGCUUCGUGCCGGUCAUCCUGUAUUUUACACACGUGGAGUACAUCGGCUCACUCGCAGACGUCCCCUGGGCCUACCUCUGUGGGGUUGCAGGCCUGCAGUUUGCUUUCAACGUCCUGGUGAACUUUGGCAUAGCGAUUACGUACCCGACAUUAAUCUCCCUUGGCAUCGUCCUAAGUGUUCCUGUAAAUGCCAUGGUGGACCUCUACACAUGCGAAAUUAACUUCAACACAGUGCGCCUCAUCGCUGUGUUCAUCAUUUGCCUGGGUUUCCUCAUGCUGCUGUUACCUGAGGACUGGGACCAGUGCAUCAUCCAGCUCAGCACAAAGCUGCGCAAGCGUGACGAGCCAGCAGAGGGCAGCGCAGAGGCGGGCGCCACCACAGGGCUCAACUGGAGAGGGAGAGCCAGGACCCCCUUGUCAACAUUUGCACAUUGACUCCAUGACAUUUGACCAUGCAAACACACACCUAACACACAGACAGACAAAGGGAGGGAGACACAUUAACGUUCAUUUUAAAUUCAAAUGGUUACAUUUGACCUGUCCGGUGAGCUGCGCUCUCUUUCACGUAUAGCUCCCUGAAUGGAAGAAGUAUCUCAGACUGACCUCUGAUCAGUAACAUUUCGGUCAAAGGGGGAGAUGCGGGAGGCACUGACUGUGUAUCAUUCAUUUGGUGCCCAUUCCACACAGAAGUUAUCAGAGCUGGUGCAUGGACACGGACAAUAUUGUUACCCUUCUUACCCAAAAGAUUAUCAGGUGUAACUGAUUGAGUCAUGUAUUCAUUUAGCUGUACCUCUUAAUCAUUCCAUGGAUUCACUGCAUCCCUGCGCCUGGGAAGACUUGCCAACUUGCCUGAUAUCUUUCAAUUCUGAGAAGAAGAAGAAGAAAAAAAGAAAGACUUUCUGGAGGCAGGCCUAAAUCCAUGUGGACUUGCUUGUCCUUAACAUGUACACAAUUUCAGUACACACCUUUAAGAUCCAAAGAAGAAUGCCGAAAAUGCUAAAUGCCUGAAAACAAAAGGGAGGCCCACAGUGACGUCCCUCGGGUGUAAACGUAAUGACAAACACCUGCCUUUCGUGCGCUGUACAUAGCUGUGUAUCACACCGUGGCUGUCCUGGAGCUGUGGACCCAGUGGGCUCAUUUGGUGUGAAGGGACUUGUCUGAACACCUGAGGAUCAAUCGGAGAUGAAGAAAGCUUUCGCAACCCCUCUCUCUGUCUGUCCAUCCUGAGAGGUCGGGUCCUUUUUGGCCACACUGAUUGGCCCCCCCGCGGUUAUGUGCUUUCCUCGGGCUAAACUCCCUCUCUGUCGAUGCCGACACCCGUUGCUCAGGCUCACAGUUAAGUCACGAGAGAUCUAAAACCAGUAUCUCCAUUGCAGACGUUUUUCAAUGCAUGAGAUGGUUGAGAUUUGUUUGUCAAAAAGUGUGUGCGCUUCCAGUCCGUCAAUAAAGCACUUGCCUCACUUUCUUUCUGUUGCUGAGACACCGGCAGCAAACAGUUUAAUAACUAAGCAAUAUAGGUAAUACAUGUAUUAAAAGGACAUGUAUUGUCAUUAAAAUAUAAUAUAAAAUGUGUUUUUAACUGUCCGUACGCUGUCGAAACUAUUAACUGGCCCAUAUUCACAAAUAAUGUGUCAGGUAUACAAAACUUUGGAUGGACUAAAAAGCACUAACAGCGUAUUAUAAGACCAAAAUGGAAACUUGGAACUACCCCUUUAAUAACUUUGAACAUCAACCACAGCUAUCACUGAGCCUCCCUUUGAAUUCCCCUCACGUUUAACUUUCUAGACAUAUAUGCACACAAACGAAUCUGCAGAAAUUAUCACCUUUUUUUUUUUCCUGUUGAAAAUAACAGAUGUCUCACUGUGGCUUGAGAAGAGGUGUGCCAACACAUGAGAACAACUCCCAUUUGUCCGCCUCUGCUUUUUUUUUUGUCAAAAACUGUCUUACUGUAUCGGUUCACUAUCUGUUUCCAUCAAUCACAUUUCUGAAGCGAGAUAACAACCAAGAUGAACCUGAGACGGACUGAGGCACACGCCUUGCAAAGCUACUAGUGGUAACUCUGCCUUGUUGUGAAUGUAUGACCAUCACUCCACCACACACGCUCCCAUACGUGCCAUCGGUUUUCUACAGUGCCGCCACAGACUGCUGCAGAGACACUCUUUAAUACUAUCCUUCUUGUACUCAUCUGACUGAGUUUUUUUGGAACAAACUCUUGACUCAUCUUACAGGACCUUUUUUAUAUAUUUUUUUUUUUGCAUUUGGUCAUCUGCAGGACGAGCAUGCCCAUACUGUAUGAGCAGAUACAGCUGAAGUCCACUUCACUGCCUUUUCUUUCUUUCGCAAUAGAAAACAUUAGCACUGUUUCCCCAUUGUCAUGAUCUAUGACAAUAAAUUAUAAUAUUGUAUUCCUCUGGAAUUGUUGCUAGACAUAAAUGUAAACCUUUGUAAGGAAUGAUGAUUUUUACACGAAGAUGCAACAUAUGAUUAUCACAUUUGAGGAGGAAAUAUUUAGAGCGUGAAUAAAUGAUGGGUUUAUUAGAUCAACUGUUGGGUGUCUUCAAGUGUAAUCACAUGUACUAUAUAAAAAGAUUUCUUUUCAAUACA